AUGGCUAGAAGGGUAGCUAAAAACCACUACGUAGCCUCUCCAAGGCACAACCAUUCUCCCACUCCUGUUCACGUGACCAGGAGUUCAGCUUACUCAGAUGGGGAAGAAAGCCACAGAGCACCAUCAGAAAGGACACUUUCCGAAUACACCUCAGUGCCAUAUACGAUAGUAAACGAACGAAACGGCAGGAAGAACAACGGCCAGACCAAAAGCGGAAGUUACCAAAAUGGCCACCAACACAGCACGAGCACGCCCAGAGCGCCAUCUGCGCUGAGUCGAGGAAGCGGAUAUGACACGAACGGAUCCGACAUAUACGUCACCAGCGGGGCAUAUAAGGCUCCCUCCGAAAUCAGUCGUAAUUCUCGAAUGCGAGCCCCCAGCCACUAUUCGUACAGGAGCGGCGCGGCCCCAUCUGUCACCAGCACGGCGAAAUCGAAGGGCUCGAGGAAAGCAGGCAUGACCAUGGAGGCCAUGGCCGCCCCCAAUCCUUUCUGCCCCAACAUCAAGGGCAUGUGUUGCCUGAUGCUGCUGCUCAACCUCGGUCUCAUUCUGGUCACGCUGGGAUUCGUUAUUGUCCUCCAGUUCUUCGAACCAGUCUACGUUUGGGUCUUGGGCAUAAUCUUCCUUAUCUUCGGCUUCCUCACCCUCAUCGGCAGCCUCAUCUACUGCGUCACCAUCUGCAAGGACGUCAAGCGACCCAGCGACGUCAACCCGGAGGAACUCUACUGGACCCACCACUGGCCGAGGAGAAGUACGGAGAUGAUCGGUACAGCGAUAGGUACUCGGUGAGCAAGCUUUCCGGCAAGUACUCGGACAGGAAUAACGGCCGGUACUGACUGAAGAUGGUGCGAGCGGUAGAGACGAAACGUCAGGGGAACGGAGAUCGGUAGCUCCGAAUAAUGGCAGCGUUCGUCGAGAGAUGAGGGAAUUAAAUGUUCUUAUCGAAAAGAAGUUGAAACGUGCGAUCAAUUUAUAUUCUAUAUUGGCGAUUCUACAGGGUGAGUCAGUUUUUUUCAGCAAGACUCCAACAGCUUAUAGAAGAUUAUAAUUUCUGAUGAAAAUCUCAUGCGAAGAAGUCCCUUUCCCAUAUACAGGUGGUGUGAUUUUGUUUUUUCGUGUUUUUCAAGUUUUGCCACUGAGUUUCAUUAACACUUCUCACGAAAGCUUUCGAUCAUUCCAGAUCUACUAGUCAAUUUUUGAGAAAUGUCAAAUGGAGUAUGUUCCUAAAAUGAAGUUUUCUCACAAGUGAAUUAUUUUUGGAGUUUGAGAAUAUCUCGAAAUCCAUACAGUUUUCGAAAAACAUAUAAGAGAGCAGAAGGUAUCCUAAUGAAACAGAGAAUCAGAAACGAUGUUUCUUUGAAAACAGAGACAGCACGCAGAAUUGCUCAAGAGGGUUGAAUUGGGUUCAACUUUCAAAAGUGUAUCAGCCUUUAUGUAAUCGAAAACGCGUACUAGCCCUAAAUAUUGAGUUUUUUUAAUGUAAUGAACAUAUUACACUUUGAAACGGCUCAACAACGAGAAAGCCAAACGAAUUAAACUGAAAACUAUUCAAAAAUUCUCGAUUGAGAUCUUCAUAUCAUUCGGCAUGUCAAAAAAAAUAUUGAGAGAUUGAAAUUUUUGAAAUUGACAUCAAUGAAACAUUAAAAAUCAAAAUCAAACAAAUUAACUUUUUGAGCAUACUAAUAAAAGGAGGAAAUAAUCUAAUUAACAAAUUGCAAUAAUUGUACUUGUGAAUAGAAUUAAUGACAGAGAGAUAGGUGCGGCCAAGGUUGUAAAAAAGGAACUGAACUAAAAAGGAGAAGAAGAAAUUGUUGCAAAGUUUCAUUAGAAUUGAAAAAGGGAGAAGGAACUAAUAUGUUGAAAUCAGCAACAGGGCCGUACUAAGUAACAAGAUCAGAAUUUCAUGAAAAUAUUAUCGUACCUUCGAAAAAUAUGGUUUCUUUCAAAAACGGUAUGGUCGUUGAGACAAGUGAUAUAGGGAUUGAUGAUGCAUUUCUGACUUUCUAAAAUUUCUGGGAGAUUUAGUAGUGAACCAUCAUUACAAACAUGAAUGAUCUCCACAUUGGAGUUGACGUUGAAGAAUGAUUCGAAUCAAUAAUGUGGUUGGCAAAUGAAGAAGUUGUGUUCGAACUGUCUGAAUUAAAAACUUUGUGGGUAAAUCGAUUGUGAUCCGAGGCACUGGUUUCAAAUAUAUGUUCUUCAAGCUGUUGAAGUCCUGCUACAGAAAACUGACUCACCCUGUAUAAAUUAACACUGUGAUAGCCCAAAAAAUUUACUCAAGGUAUAUUAUGUAAUUCGUUAUUUCAAAUAUAGACGAGUUUUGAAGGAAAUCCAGAAUUACGUAAGUUUUCAUUCUUGAAGCUCCAUCUCAUGAUACCUAUUCUUAUAUGUAUAGAAAGGUUACAUCACCAGUGUUGACAUGAUGAUUAUUCAUUGAAAUACAGUAAAGUUAUAUUAAAUGUCCAAAGCAAUGACAGCAACGAUGCCAUGAGAACAGUAAAUUCUUUUCUAACGUUUUCGAGAACUUCAGGGGUUAUUUUGUGUAGUUUCAUUUCAGAAUCGUUUCUUUAUCAGAUCAUUUUAUCUCCUUAGCUAUUAAUAAUUGAAAUUUCGAUUAUAUUCCGGUUUUUUAAUCACAUUGCUAGAUUAUAAGUGAUUUAAAUUUUUCUAUGAAAAUAAAUUCCAACAAUUCAAUAAUAUACAUGACUAAUUUCAAAUUAGAGCGUAGAACUUUUAUCAUUAGCAUUAGCAUUCAUCUUGUAACUUCAAUCUUCUAAUUUGAUAAUUUUUGUUGACCCUGUAAAUAAAUAUUCGAAUGAUUAUAUCAUUGGAUAGACGAUCACUAGACCACUUGAACGAGGUGUCACAUGACCCCUGUUCGUAUUUAAAAAAAAACUGCCAUUACGUCAUUAAGCCAACACCAGUGGCGUUACGUCUCCCAUAUGUAUUCAGAAAUUGAAACAUACGUGGAUUUUUUCAUAGCUGCCUGCCUAUUUCUGAAAUAACGAAGUUAUUUCAUACAUCUGAGUCGUACUGUAUAGCCUAGUAGUAGACUAUCCUUAGAGUCUCGACGAUGAGCAUAUACCUAUGGGUGAGGUAUUUUGUAUUUUUGUGAAAGCAGCAACUACUCUUAAAAUCAGUGUCACUAUAGUUGAAUGAAUUGUCUCUUGUCAAUGUCAUGUAAAGUUAAUUUGAGAAAAAGGAGUCAAAUAGUUGUUUUUGCUCUGAUUUUCAAUAAAUACAAAUCCAUCACCAGUUGUUCAUCUUAUAAAAAUAGUGUAAUUCUUGGAAGUGACUUGAACCGAGAAUUUUAGAGCCCAUCAAUGAAAAUAAAAAUGUUUUGAUGAUUCGCGAGUUAUUGCAAUGAAUUUCAAACUUCUGUUAUAUAUCCCUGGCCUAUUUGAAAAUAGAAUUCAACAUACAACAUGGUAUUUCAAAAUGGAGGAAGCUGCUUCUUUUUAAGCCUCAAUUCACUUUUAUGUUUGAUGAUUUCAGUAUUCGACCAGUGUCAAUUCUUACUAAUUCCAGUUUCAUGAAGCGAAGAAAUGAAAAUAAUUUACACAACGUUUAUAUCACUGAAUUGAAUCAUGUUUCUUACUGUUAAGUAUUCAUGAUCAUCUGUCAUAUAAGUUGUGUAAAUAAACAACAUAUUGCGAAAUCAUGAAAUAACAAAUAUUUAACAAUACCUAACAAAAUCAAGUUUUUGUCAUAUGGAUUCAUUGCACUAUGGUGUUAGAUGACAUAAUUUUUUUGUCAAUGAAUAAUCUCUUUCCCUAUUCUCAGAAAAUGUAUGUAGGCCUACUGCAUGUGAUAUUGUCGAAUAAUUAUUUAAAUAUUGUAGAUCUUAGAUCUUCUUUGUUCUAAUCUUGUAAUACAGUUCUUUCACCUCAGAGGAAGAGGAGAAACAAAAUAAUAAAUUUUUUAAAACGAAAAUUUUAUCAAUUUUUAUUUUUCCAGUCCCAUAGUCUUAAAUUGACUCAUUUAUCCCUAAGGAGAUAUAGGUGAUAAGUGUUCAGUGCAAAUUAUUGAGAUACAUACUAUUUUAUUUCUUACAAAUAUAUAAACAAUGCAUGAGUAAAAUCACAGAAUAUUGACAAAUAGAACAUAAAAUUAGUGACUUGAAGCGUUUGAUCAAAUCUACUUAUCCCAUAUUUGACCAGGAUUUGAAAUGAACAGUUAUGCCACAUAUACAUGUCAUUGUAUAAUCUGAUUCUGGUACAGGACCCACACAUUGAGGACAGAUUCAGACCCAAGAUUGAUAAACUAGACAGGUAUGAUUUUAAAUACUGUCUGUAGGUUAAUCGAGGAGGACGUACAUUCAUAAUUCCAGAUUUUUUGGUAUUUUCUCUCCUCGUUUAUAUAAAAUAAAAAUAUGAAUAUUAUUUC